UCCUAGUCCUCUUGGAGGGGGACCCAGAAUCUGGAAUUGACCCCUGACUGCCCACCUGGGCCAUCCCAGGGCCCCUAACGGACCCUUUUCAUCCUCUGCAGGGAGCAGACACAGCAGAUCUCGGGCAAGUGAGUCCUGCACAACCAGUGGGCACCAUGAAUGGCUAUACCUCUCCUCGUGAUGUCCUGGUCACCAAUGGCACUGAGCCUGCCAUCGUCCCCAAGAACAUGAAGGCUGUGCUGGAAGCUAGCACUCCCUCUGGGCCCCAGGCCAAGAGCAUUGCUGGGGUAUAUGUGGAGGCUUCAGGCCAGGCCCUGAGUAUCUAUGCCGCCAUGAAGCAGGGCCUCCUGCCGGAUGGGCUCGGGCUGGCGCUACUGGAGGCUCAGGCAGCCACUGGGGGCCUUGUAGAUCCUGCCGGGGGCCAGCUGCUUCCCGUGUCCAAGGCCUUGCAGCAGGGUCUGGUGGGCCUGGAGCUGAAGGAGAAGCUGCUGGCUGCAGAGCGUGCUGUCACUGGGUACCCUGACCCUUAUGGGGGUGAGAAGCUGGCCCUUUUCCAAGCCAUUGGGAAGGAGGUUGUGGACAGGGCACUGGGGUGGAGCUGGCUAGAGGCCCAGCUGGCCACGGGGGGCCUGGUGGACCCCAUCCAGGGCCUGCGAGUGGCCCCAGAGCUGGCUUGCCAGCAGGGCCUUCUGGACCAGGAGACGCGGCGUGGCCUGUUGGAGCGCAAACCAGACUUCCAGGAUCCCAACACGCUGGAGCAGCUGUCUUACAGUGAGCUGCUGGGCAGGUGUAUGCAGGCCUCCAGCACAGGGCUGGCUCUGCUGCCCCUCAAGACCACCUUUCCCACCCUGAGUGGGGCAGCAAGCUCAUCUGAGUUGCUGGAGGCGGGAGUCCUGGACGAGGAGACAGUCCAGGCCCUGCAGGAGGGCAGGCUGGUGGUGCAGGAUGUGAGUGUGCGCCCCCAGGUUCAGCGCUACCUGCAGGGCACUGGUGGUGUGGCAGGGGUCGUCCUGCUUCCUGCUGGCCACAAGAAGAGCUUCUUCCAGGCUGUUGCUGAGCAUCUGCUCCCGAUGGGUGCUGCACUUCCGCUGCUCGAGGCUCAGGCUUCCAUCCGUGCUCUGGUGGAUCCAGCCACUGGCCGCAGGCUGAGCGUGGACGAAGCAGUCAGGGCAGGCCUGGUAGGCCCAGAGCUGCAUGGGCAGCUCUUGGAGGCGGAACAGGCGGUGACGGGGUUCCAUGACCCCUUCAGUGGCACCCACAUCCCCCUCUUCCAGGCUAUGAAGAAGGAGCUGGUGGACAAGUCUCUGGCACUACGGCUCCUGGAUGUGCAGCUGGCCACGGGAGGGCUACUGUGUCCGGCCCGCAGGUUCCGGCUGCCCCUGGAGGCUGCCUUGCGCUUCGCCUGCCUGGAUGAGGCAACACAGCAGCAUCUUUCACAGGCUGCUGGCUUCUCGGACCCACGUACGCAGGAGAGCCUUAGCUACGGGCAGCUGUUGACCCGCUGUGUCACCGACCCUGACACGGGGCUGGCCUUCCUGCCCCUACCCCAGGAGGCCCUUGGAGAGGAGCCACAGGCAGUGCCAUUCAUUGAGCACAGCACUCGGCAGGCUUUGAGUACAGCCACGGCCACCAUCUCCGUGGGUAAGUUCCAGGGCCAACCUAUGUCGCUGUGGGAGCUGCUCUUCUCUGAAGCCAUCCCUGUGGAGCAGAGGGUAGCACUGGCACAGCAGCACAAGGCAGGGGCCCUGUCGAUGGAGGAGUUGACAGCUGUGCUGAGGGCCACCCUGGAGCAGGCUGCAGCCACUGCCAGGACCACUUUCUCUGGGCUGAGGGUCCCUGUGACACCAGGAGAACUGCUGAAAGCAGAGAUCAUCGGCCAGGAUGUGUAUGAGCAGCUGGCACGAGGACAGACCACUGCCCAGCACGUGGGCAGCCUGGACUCCGUGCAAAGGUACUUGCAGGGCACAGGCUGCAUUGCCGGCCUGCUGCUGCCUGGCUCCCAGGAGCGGCUUAGCAUCUACGAGGCUCACAGGAAGGGGCUGCUCAGGCCUGGCACAGCCCUCAUCCUUCUGGAGGCACAGGCAGCCACCGGCUUUAUCAUUGACCCAAAAGAAAACAAGAGAUACUCUGUGCAGGAGGCACUGAGGGCUGGCGUCAUCGGGCCCAAUGUGUUUGCUAAGCUGCUUUCAGCAGAGCGCGCGGUCACCGGCUACACCGACCCCUACACCGGAGAGCAGAUCUCCCUCUUCCAGGCCAUGAAGAAGGACCUGAUCGUCAGGGACCACGGCAUCCGCCUGCUGGAGGCCCAGAUCGCCACGGGCGGCAUCAUCGACCCCGUGCACAGCCACCGCGUGCCCGUGCACGUGGCCUACCAGCGCGGCUACUUUGACCAGACCCUGAACUUGAUCCUGGCGGACCCAAACGACGACACCAAGGGCUUUUUUGACCCCAACACUCAUGAGAACCUCACCUAUAUGCAGCUACUGGAGCGCUGUGUGCGUGACCCCGAGACAGGCCUCUACUUACUACCGCUCAGCAGUGCACAACCCCAGCUGGUGGAUGGCACCACCCGACGGGCCUUCCAGAGCCUGCUGCUGUCCGUAAAGUGCGGGCGGUUCCGGGGGCGGCAGGUGUCUGCGUGGGAACUGCUCAACUCUGAAUGCUUCAGCGAGGCCUGGCGGAGGCAGCUCCUGCACAACUACCGGCUGCGCAAGGUCUCCCUGGAACAGAUCGCAAAGCUGCUGGAGAGGGAGACGGCAAGGUGCACAGACAUCAUGCUGCCUGUGCUGCGGGGCCAGGUCACCGCCUACCAGCUCCUAGAGGCCCAAAUCAUCGACCAGAAACUCCUGGACCAGCUGCUGGCAGGGGCCAUCAGCCCCGAGGCUCUGCUCCACAUGGGUGACGUCCAAAGGUACCUGAGUGGCUCGGGUGCCGUGGGCGGUGUGUUGCUGCAGUCCUCCAACCAGAGGCUCAGCCUCUACCAGGCCAUGAAGCAGAAGCUGCUGGGGCCAGGAGUUGUCCUGGCGCUGCUGGAGGCCCAGGCAGCCACUGGAGCCCUGACUGACCCCCACAGUCUGGAGACCCUGUCGGUGGAAGAGGCUGUACGCAGGGAGCUGGUGGGGCCAGAACUGUAUGCCCGGCUGAGACGGGCUGAAGACGCUGUGACUGGCUUCAGAGACCCCUUUUCUGGGGAGCGGGUGUCCCUGUUCCAGGCCAUGAAGAAGGGCCUUGUACGUGAGGAGCAGGCUGCCCGCCUCCUAGAGGCCCAGGUGGCCACAGGAGGUGUCAUUGACCCCACAGGCCACUACCACCUCCCUAUGCCCGUGGCCACCCAGCGCGGCUACAUUGAUCAGGAGAUGGAGACAUCCUUGUCCAGUUCCAUUGCAACCUUCCCCACGCCGGACGGCCGGGGGCACACCAGCUAUACCCAGCUUCUGGGACAAUGUCUGAAGGACGAGGCCUCCGGCCUUUACCUCUUGCCCUUGCAAGAAAGUGCUCCUGCUGUCCCCACAGACCAGCAAGUUCAGGAGACCCUGCAGGCCACGCAAGGGGCAGAAGACGGCAUGUCCCUCUGGGAGCUGCUGGUCUCCUGCCACUUCACCAAGGAGCAGCGGGAGGCCUUCUUAGAGGACUUCCAGAUGGGGAAAACCACUGUGCAGCAGCUGCAGGCGGCUGUGCAGAGCUGGGUGCAGGGGGUGAAGCUCCUAGCACAGGCCCGUGUCACAGUGCCUGGCCCUAGGGGUGAGGUUCCCGCUGUCUGGCUGCUGGACACUGGCAUCAUCACCCAGGAGACCCUGGUGGCACUGGCUCAGGGCACACAAUCGCCCGCCGAAGUCGCUGAGGAGCCUACAGUGAAGGCCUGCCUGUGGGGCACGGGCUGUGUGGCUGGCGUGCUCCUGCAACCCUCGGGGACCACGGCCAGCAUCACCCAGGCCAUGAAGGAUGGCCUCCUGCCCAUGGGCCUGGGGCAGAGUCUGCUGGAGGCCCAGGUGGCAUCUGGCUCACUCAUUAACCCUCUGACCAACCAGAGACUAUCUGUGGAAGGUGCUGUCAAGGCUGGACUGGUGAGCGGGACGCUGAGCGAGCAGCUCCUGCAGGCCCAGAGGGCAGUGGCUGGGUACACAGACCCCUACUCAGGGGGCUCCCUCUCACUAUGGCAGGCCAUGGAGAAGGGGCUUGUGCCCCAGAGCGAGGGCCUCCCUCUCUUGCAGGCACAGCUGGCUACAGGGGGUGCAGUGGACCCCAUAUACGGGGUACACCUUCCCCAAGUGGCCGCCUGCAGGCUUGGCCUCUUGGAUGAGCAGAUGAGCCAGGUGCUAACUGGGACAGACAAAGACAGCAAGUUCUUCUUCGACCCUAGCACGCGGGAGAAGGUGACAUAUCAGCAGCUCAAAGAGCGCUGUGUUCUUGACACUGACACCGGCCUAUGGCUGCUGCCUCUUCCCCAGGAUGUAGCACUUGAGGUGGACAACCACACAGCAGUGGCCCUGAGGGCAAUGAAGGUGCCUGUGGGUGCUGGGAGAUUCAAAGGGCUCACCGUGUCACUCUGGGACCUGCUGCACUCAGAGUAUGUCAGCAUUCAUAAGCGGCGGGAGCUAGCAGUUCUCUGCCAGUCUGGGAGGGCCACAGCCCUAAGGCAGGUGGUCAGCGCAGUCACCGCCCUGGUUGAGGCCUCGGAGAGGAAGCCCUCACAGGCCGUCUUUAGGGGGCUCCGGAAGCAGGUGUCAGCCAGUGAACUGUUCAGGUCCCAGGUAAUCAACAAGAAGACACUGGAUGAGCUGAAUCAGGGGACAAAGACCGUGCAGGAGGUGACAGAGAUGGACAGUGUGAAGCGUUUCUUGGAAGGAAGGAACUUCAUUGCCGGGGUCAUUGUCCAGGCCACAAAGGAGAAGAUGAGUAUCUCAGAGGCCCUUAGGAGGGAUAUCCUGCGGCCGGGCACGGCCCUGGUGCUAUUGGAGGCCCAGGCAGCCACCGGCUUCCUCAUCGAUCCUGUAGAGAACCGGAAGCUGACCGUGGAGGAGGCAUUCGCAGCAGGGAUGUUUGGCAAAGAAACCUACCAGAAGCUGCUUUCAGCAGAGCGCGCACGCGCGGUCACCGGCUACACCGACCCCUACACCGGGGAGCAGAUCUCCCUCUUCCAGGCCAUGAAGAAGGACCUGAUCGUCAGGGACCACGGCAUCCGCCUGCUGGAGGCCCAGAUCGCCACGGGCGGCAUCAUCGACCCCGUGCACAGCCACCGCGUGCCCGUGCCCAUGGCCUACCAGCGCGGCUACUUCGACGAGGAGAUGAACCGCGUCCUGGAGGACCCGAGCGACGACACCAAGGGCUUCUUCGACCCCAACACGCACGAGAACCUCACGUACCUGCAGCUGCUGGAGCGCUGUGUGCAAGACCCUGAGACCAGCCUGUACAUGUUACAAAUCGUAGAGAAAGGAGAAACGUACAUGUAUAUCGAUGAGGCCACGAGACAAGUCCUGCGAUCUCAGACCACGACCAUGCGCGUGGGGAGGUUUGCAGGUCAGAGCAUCUCCAUCUGGGACCUGCUCUCUUCUCAGUACUUCUCAGAGGAGAGGCGGCAGGAGCUGGUCCAGCAGUACCGAGCCCAGACCCUGAGUCUGCAGCAGUUGCUGGGGAUCGUCACCGCCAUAGUCGAAGAGACAGAGAAGCAACACCAGGUCAUCCGGGUAGCAGGUAUUGGUGGGGAGGUGACAGCCUCAGAGUUGUUCAACGCUGGAAUCAUUGAUAAAAAGACCCUGGACACGCUGCACGGGGCACAGGCCCUCCACAGGCUGCAGCACGUGAGGACCUCCCUGGAAGGCAGUGGCUGCAUUGCGGGGGUGAUCAUACCGUCUACACAGGAGGUGAUGAGCCUCUAUGAGGCCAGCACGAGGAGACUCAUCCCCACAGGGUUUGCAGCCCUGCUGCUGGAGGCCCAAGCGGCCACAGGGUUCAUGCUGGACCCCCGCAGCCACCGGAGGUUCUCCGUGGACGAGGCUGUAGCUGCUGGCCUGGUGGGCGAGGAGCUUCGGGAAAGACUGCUGAAUGCCGAGAAGGCCGCCAAAGGCUACACUGACCCUGACACGAAGGACACAGUAUCGCUGUUCCAGGCCAUGGAAAGGAAGUUAGUCAAACGGGAGGAGGGGCUCAGGCUGCUUGAGGUGCAGGUGGCCACGGGGGGCGCCAUCGACCCGUUGCACCACCACCGGCUCCCACUAGACACGGCCUACAAGCGUGGAUGUCUGCACAGAGACACGUACCCACUGGUGUCUGAUCAGAAGCAUAUGAAUAAGAGGUUCGUGGAUCCCAACACACAUGAGAAGGUGACAUACCAGGAGCUGCAGGAGAGAAGCCACUGGGAAGACAGGGCGGGCUGGGCUCUGUUCCCUGUGAACCGAAACGGAAAGGACUCCACAUACAUUGAUGAAGCCACAAGAAGGGCCCUCGAGAGCGAGCGGGUAGAAGUCACAGUUGGCAGGUAUAUGGGACAGAGGCCAUCAGUGUGGGAGCUGCUGAACUCCGAAUAUGUGACAGAGGAGAAAAAGCUUGAGUUAGUUGAAAAAUACAAAAGAGAAACUGCAAAUGCACUAGACAAGGUUGUGAAAUUAAUCUUUGUGCUGAUCGAUGAGAAAGAAAAGAAAAGUAAGCAGUUCUGGUUCAGGGGUAUCAGGAGACAAAUCACGGCCUCCGAACUCUUUGAAUCAGCCAUCAUCACCAAGGAAAUACUGGAGCAGCUCGAGGAGGGACAUACCACCACGGAGGAUGUCAAGAAGGACGAGGGUGUCAGGCUCUACCUGGAGGGCACGAGCUGCAUCGCGGGUGUGCUG